AGUAAACGCACAAGAGUGAGGUGUAUGGACGUUGGAGAAACAAGAGUGUGUUGGAUUGAUGUCCUCCUGGCCGCCUAAAGGUGACGAUGCCACGUGCGUCCGAUAUAUCUGCGAGCGGUGCAAGAAUGCAGAGCAAACUAAGCGCCUGGACGCCCCUGAACCAUCCCUUGUCCAACAGCCGGCUUUUCGAGGAGAGAUGUUGGCUGCUGACAAAGUGGGUAAGUUGGACUCUCACCUUUCGCACCGCAUCUUCUCCUUCCUCCUCCUCUUCGACGUCUCCGUGCGCUCGGCAGUUCCGCGGCUGGUCUGAGAGCCAGCGGAGGGCGGUGCUCCACGACAUCCUCAGCAAAUGUUCCAAGGAGCAGCUGGAGUUUGUGGGCUGCUGCGUGAGCAGACAGCUCCCCCUGCAGGCCGCCGACUUCACCUGCAUGCUGCCCAGAACCAUCUGCCUUUACGUCUUCUCCUUCCUGGACCCUCGCAGCCUCUGUCGCUGUGCUCAGGUGAGCUGGCGCUGGAGAAGCCUGGCAGAAAUGGACCAGGUGUGGAUGCCCAAGUGCGUGAGACUGGGCUGGUUCCUCACCUUCUGGCCCUCGCAGUUUGAAGGAGGCGCGUGGAAGAGAAAGUACGUCCAGAAGGUGAAGGACAUGCUGAUCAACCAGCACACCGAGGUUGCAGCGAGCAGCAGGCAGGAAGUGUCGGAUGUUCCUCUGCCAAGCAAGCAGGAAGUGUCAGAUGUUCCUCAGCGAAGUGACGAGCAGGACGCCAGAAGAAGGUUUGGCAGCAGAUCGAAGAAGGAGAAAGUUCCGCCUUGGAGAGACGCUGACAGAUGUCCCAAAGACACCAGACGCUUCAACUACCUGGACAACUUGGACACCAUUGGCCCAGCAAAUGGACCAAUCACAGCAGCGCCAACGAAGAGCAGAGCAAACAUUUUCCAGACAAAAACUCAGCAAUCAGACGACAUGACAAGGAAGAUGUUGUCUGACACAAACUACAAACUACGCAAGGUUAAAUCUUUGAUGCUCCUCACUUCAAACGGCGAACAAGACCGUCCUCCUCAGCCCCGCUGGGCGUCUCCCAGUCCGAGUGUGCCGGUUACCAAGGAGACGGCGGAGAAGUUGCUGAGGCUAAGUCAGUGGAAUGCUGGGAGACGUCCGGGCCCUGCGAGGACGCCGAUACCCAGCAUGAGUGUGGAGGCGCUUAAAGCCUCCCAGCGUUCAAACAGGAGCCUUCCCAGUGCACCGCUGUUUGAAUUCCAGCCUCGGACUUGGUCUGGAACGCUCCAACAACACGCAGACUGACCAACACCGCCCCCUGCAGGGGCACUACGGAAUGACAGCUGCACGUUCAAGCCAACCAUUUGAUCCAAGGGGAAAAAGCUGCUGGAAUCAAUACAGUUUUUGGGGCUGGAAUAAAAUAAGGCAGUUGUUUUCCAAUCAACUACAGCAUGUUAGAAAUGUACCACUUUUAUUACCCAAUAGCACCCUUUCAUCAAACAUCUUGCAUUCUUCACACGGAAAUGAAAUAUACAUCUUUGCAUAGUAAAAGCCAUCCCAAAUAUGUUCAUACUAUUGUGUGAGGACUGGAGUGUUUAAGUGACAAUACUUCAAUCAGAUGUUAGCUGCUUAUUUCAAAAGCAGGCUAUUGUCCACUUGCAGUGGCAGCAUACUCAAAUGACCACAGAAUAUGGCAGUAAUAUUCCAUGUGUGAAAGGGGAACUGCACUUGUUUGCCUAUCCUUCACGUUUAUUAUGGGAGACAUGACGACGGCUGUAUUUUUAAAAAUGCAUUCCAACUCGUAAAUAAACGUAAAUAUAAGUCCGUUUACAGCGGAGUCAAUUUGAUUGAUUGAUUGAAACCUUUAUUAGUAGAUUGCACAGUACAGUACAUAUUCCGUACAAUUGACCACUAAAUGGUAACACCCAAAUAAGUUUUUCUACUUGUUUAAGUCGGGGUCCAAGUAAAUCAAUUCAUGGUAAAAUAAAAACGUGGUUCAAUAAAACUCAAUACAUAACCAUCCGAAAAGUGCCAACAAUACUCCAUAUGACUUGAAUAUUAUGCAAGUAUCAGCGAUAUUGUUAUCAUAUAGUCCGGACUAUAGAGCGCACCGGUAUACAAGUAAACUUUAGAAUAUUUUUUUCCCCUACAUAUGCAUACUUACACUCAUGCACAUAAUCACGUUUCAUCAAACAUAUAUAAACAUUGUUGCCCUAGGUUAAACUGGGUAUAACACAUUGCACACGGACAAAGCUUAACCUAUUGUUACUAUAACAAUCUACAAGGUUAAUGUAGGUUGCUUCUUUUUCUCCCCCUCCAUUUUUCUGCAUUCUUUCGUAUCUCAAGUUAUCAUUACGUAUAUGUAUUGUUGCAUUUGAACAACUGUAUUGUUGAUAAUAACGGUAAAGUAUUGGUAUUGUUCAUUAUCAAUAGCGCUAUUUCUAUUGGUAUUUGAAUUGCUCCAUUUGUAGUGUAAUAAUGCUCAUUGUCAUUUCUGUAUUAGUUUUUAUUUUCGCUAACUGCCUAUUUGCUAUUACUUUUACCAUCAUAUUUGUACAUGUCGUAUUUGCUGAUGUUGCUCUAUUGUUGUUGUUUGCUGCUGUUGUUUUUGUCUCUCUGUCUUAUCCCCCUCUUGUCCCCACAAUUUCCCCCUCUGUCUUCCUUUUUUCCUCUUUCUAUCCCCUCCUGCUCCGGCCCGGCUGCACUAAAUGAAAAUAUAAAUACAUUUAAUAAAGUUAAAUACAAAUAAGGCAACAAGAGAAGUAUCCUACACUUCUCUUCUGUAAAGUAAAUCUGAACAGCCGACAUGGGCAUC